AUGUCAUUUUUAGCUUACUUUGCUUUAAUAGCAACAGUGACUGUAAUUUACUUAGCAUUCCGAAUUGUUAUUUUCCCUAAACUAAAAAUUAAAAAACUAAAAAAUAAAUAUGGAGAUUAAGUUAUAGUUUUGUAUAAUUUUGGGUCAGGACUUAUUUAAGAAAAGAAGAAAAGUUUAAAGCAACAAGGUGACAGUCUUGGAACUAUUCGCAAAUUAUUGUGGAGUAACCCUAAAGCUAAGGCAAUAAUUCAUAAUAACGCUUCUGGAUAAAUAGCUUAUUCUUUUAUUGAUCCUGAACUUAUUAAAUAGGUUCAUUAAUAACCAGAAUUUUUUGUUAAGUAAGUAAACCACCCAGCUGUUCUCUACUUAUUUUCUAAAUCAAUCCUUUGUAUGCAAGGAAAGGAAUGGUAGAAAUAGAGGUAGUUUUUUGGUAAAUCUUUUCAUUUUGAAGAAAUAAGGAACUACUUACCAAUUAUUAAAGAAACUUCACAAUCAGUAUUUGGAUCUAUAAAAGAAAAUCUAAGUGAUAGUUCUUAAAUAGAAAUUUAAGUUGUCAAAAUCUGUGAAAGUGUGACAUCAGAAGUUGUAUUUAAAGCAUUUUUUGGAUUUAAUUCCUAAAAUUUAAUAAAUGGAUCAUAGAACUCAUUAGUCUAAGAAAUUGUAUCAAUAAUGACUGAUUCUUAUAGAAUAUUUUAAUUUAAUAAAUUAGCUUUUAUUAAAUUUUUGAUUUUUAGAAAGAGAAGCUACGAUUUUUUCCCUCUAUAAUGUGAAAGGGAAAUUGUAUAACGUUUAAGGAAAGUAAAAGAGGAAUGUGAUAAAAUUGUAUAAUAAAGAAAAUAGCAACUAUUAAAUAAUCCUUCUCUAUAUAAAUACAAUUUUUUAGAUUAGUAUUUGAAGGAAAUCCUUCUAAAUAAAAACUAGGAUAUAAGAGAAGAAAAUAUAAUUGAUAAUUUUUUAGCAUUACUGUUUGCUGGAACGGAUACUACAGGAAACAUGGUUGGCACAUCUAUUUUUUAUCUUUCAUAAAAUCCAGAAAUACAAAAUAAAGCCAGAGAUGAGGUAAUAGAAUUAUUAAGAAAAAAUCAUUAAUGUAAUAAAAUGCAAGAUUUGUAUGAAUAAAUGACUUUUGAAGAUAUUACUAAUUUCAAUUAUUUAAAUUCCGUAUUAAAAGAGUCACUUAGAUUAAUUCCUCCUGCUGUGAAUGUAUUCCCAAGAAAAGUUAUCAAAGAUUUAUAAAUAGGUAAAUUUCAGUUAAAAAAAGGUGAUGCAGUCAAUACUAAUUUUAUUUGUGGUCAUUAUAAUCCUUAAGUAUUCAAAAACCCAGAAUAGUUUGAUCCUUCUAGAUGGAUGAAUGCAAACGAAUAAAAUUAAUUUAGUUUCACUCCCUUUUCUUUAGGUCCUAGAAACUGCAUAGGGCAGCACUUAGCUAUGAUUGAAGGAAAAUGUAUGUUGGCUUAUAUUUUACUUAACUUUGAAAUUAUUCCAAAUCUCAAAGUAAAGGUAAGAAAGGAAGCUAAAAUGAGUUAUGGAUUAAUACCAGACAAUCUUGUUUUCUUUAAAAAAAAUUGCAAAAAUUAUGAUUGA